AUGAAAAAAGUUUUAAUUCCCCUUUAUCUACAUGAAUCUGGAUGUUGUUCUGGUGAUUGCCAACCUGGCCAUUCGUUCAGAGCGGACUGGUGCCUUGACCUUCAUGGUUUUUUAUCCAAAGAGGAGUUCGCUGCUAGAAUUGAUCAAAUCAAUAAUCAUGUUAAAGGUGUUGAACUAAUGACUCGAAAAACAAAAAAUUUAUUAUAUUCAAUCUCUUCUACUGCUACUGUUCUGUUAAUAAUUAUCUUAACAAUAAUUGUACCACGAUUUGGUUGGGCUAUAGGCUUCAUUUUAUCUUCAGUUGGAUACUCUAUUGCCAAAUAUAUGAUUGAAAAAAAUGCUUGUGAACGCGCAUUAGCAUUUACAAAUCUCUUGAAUGAUCUAUUUGCACGAUACAAUGAAAAAGAAACUCCAACUGUUAAUUGGAAAUUCUGGUGGGUCUCAUCUUACAACAGUUAUGCUAAUAAUUUGGAAGGGAGAGCUUUCGGUAAUGGUCAUAUAAACGUGUUAAAGAUCGGUUUUUGUCUCAGCCUUAAACUUGCUGCACUAUUUGCUGAUAAUGCAUUAAUAAUUCUUGAAAUUAAUGAUGCUCUAUCUGAUCUUACCGCCAACACUGUUCGUGUGAAUAUUGCUCCUGAUAAUAAUUAUUAUAAUGGGAUGACGUUUGUUAAUAAUGUUCCUGUUAAUACCGUCCCUGUUAACAAUAUUCCUGUUAAUAAUGUCCCUAUUAAUUCUGCGCAUGUCAUUAACGUGAAGUAUAAUUAG